AUGGAUGUAGUAGGCUGCGAAAAAAUUUCCACUUCCGUUUUGAUGAGGAGUCCGGGAGUCUUUGUCCUACGAUUUGAAGAGGCCAGGCGAGAAGAGCGUUAUUCUCAAAGGGAAAUCAUUUCCCCUCGGUAUGAUCUGGUGUUCCGCAGUCGAGAAGAAGUGGUGGCAGAGGUGGUCGGUACGAAGUGGAUUUCUUUUAAAGGAAAAGUAGGCGGAAAUCUCGUCGAUGGAGCGUGGCAAGUCGAAGCUCAAGAAGUCGAAUUAUCAGACUCGCCUCCGCACGGGUUCUCUUUUCCGUCAAUUCACGGCCCAAUAUUAAGCGGAUACGGUUCGGUUGUGACAAAGGAACCUUUAGUCGUGAAAUGGAGAAUGGGACAAGGCCAGUUAUUGGAAAACGCAGAGUACGUCAAGAUCGAGGGACAUCGUGUCAAUCGCUAUAUGGUUCUUGACUACGUUUCGGAAGGGGAUCAAGUUUAUUUUAAUGGUCGGUGGACCGUUGGAACGGUUAACGAGGAUUGGAUACAUAUUGAUCAAAGAUAG